CUAAAUAUGUAAUCUCAGCUGGAAAUGGACAAUCAUACCCAAGUGACAGAAUUCAUUUUCUUGGGCUUCACAGAUAAUCCUCGCCUAGAAAUCACCCUCUUUGUGGUGUUCUUCUUCAUCUACCUGGGCAAUGUGGUAGGAAAUGUGGGCAUGAUCCUCCUGAUCAUCAUUGAUGAACAGCUCCACACACCCAUGUAUUUUUUCCUUUGCCACCUCUCCAUAGUUGACCUUGGCUACUCAACUGCCAUUGCCCCGCGUAUGCUGGCUGAUUUCUUACGCCAACACAAGGUCAUCUCCUUCUCUAGCUGUGCCACACAGUUUGCAUUUUUUGUGGGCUUUGUGGAUGCUGAAUGCUAUGUCCUGGCAGCUAUGGCAUACGACCGCUAUGUGGCCAUCUGCCGUCCUCUCCAUUAUACCACCAUCAUGUCAAAGCAGGUCUGUCUGGUAUUGGUGAUUGGUUCCUACAUUGCAGGUCUUAUAAGUUUGGUAUCUCAUACCAGCCUGACUUUCAGCUUAGAUUUCUGUGGCUCCAACAUCAUCAAUCAUUUCUUCUGUGAGAUCCCUCCACUCCUAGCACUGUCUUGCUCCAACACCUAUGUGAGCGAGAUCCUCCUCUUCAGCCUAUGUGGAUUCAUUGAAUUCAGCACCAUCCUCAUCAUUCUUAUUUCCUACCUCUUCAUCUUUGCUGCCAUUUUGAGGAUCCGUUCUGCAGAGGGCAGGCGAAAAGCCUUCUCCACCUGUGCUUCCCAUCUCACCGGUGUCACACUUUUUUAUGGCACAGUUAUGUUUAUGUACCUGAGGCCAACGUCUAGCUACUCCUUAGAUCAGGACAAAUGGGCCUCUGUGUUCUACACAGUUGUAAUCCCUAUGCUGAACCCCUUAAUCUACAGCCUGAGGAACAAAGAUGUGAAGGAAGCUUUUAGAAGAGUCAUCAGCAAGAAAGUUUCAUUCCACUAA